UUAGCUGAAGACGGUUUCGAAGUUAUCGUUAACUCCGCUGGAUUGAAUGCAGGAAAACUGGCUGGCGAUGACGAUGGUGUGUAUCCAAUACGAGGUGUUGCAUUCGAGGUUGAAGCCCCUUGGCAUAAACAUUUCAACUACCGCGACUUUUCCACAUUCACGAUCCCGAAGAACAAUUGCGUCGUUGUCGGCUCAGUGAAGCAGAUGAAACGAUCUGAUGCUGAAGUCACUGACGAAGAUCGGCGUGAGAUAUGGGAACGCUAUGAGAAACUGCAGCCAGCGAUAAAAGGAGCAAAAAUCCUAAGCGAAUGGUGUGGUCUACGACCGGCAAGAGCGUCUAUACGAGUGGAGAUUCAGAAGAAAUUGACGAAAACCGGAAAGAAGUAUACGUUAGUUCACCACUAUGGACAUGGUGGCCACGGCUUUACCGUUGGUUGGGGAAGUGCUCUUCGUGCUGCUGCUCUCGUCGAUCAAGCAAUCAGGGAUAAAGCAAAACUGUAA